CGCACUGCUCGGUGCUCGUCACUAAAAACCUCCUGGCUCAGUAGGUUCGCAAAGUGUGGGAAUCGACUGUGCUGUUGAUUCUAGAACUACAAGUUGUCUUCUAGUAUAAUUAAAAAUAAGGACAUUUAACUGAUUUAGCUCGACAAGACUGAGAUGUUACAGUUUAGGGCUGCAGUUGUGCUGAAGGAGUUGAUUCAAACCAGCCCUAAGCGUUUGUUCUCUGACAUUAUAAGGCACAAAAAGACUUUAUCAAACGCGCACUGCUACAGCGCUGCUUAUCGGGAUGGCCAAAUAUCUAAAUUAAAGAUUGUCCAUAAUGGAAGACCUUUCAUUCAGCCUUUAGCUGGGAGAAGAUUUCUAUGUACAAAGACCGAUGGUGCGAUUGAACCCGCUGAACAAGUGAAGAAAGAUGAGACCGUCCAGGAAGCGACGGCAGAUAAGAGAAGGAAGGCUGGCAUUCUGCCCAGCUUGGAGGACCUGCUGUUUUACAGUAUUGCCGAAGGCCAGGAGAGGAUCCCAGCUCACAAAUUCAUUACCGCACUGAAGGCCACUGGACUUCGAACAGGAGAUCCACGUCUAAAAGAAUGUAUGGACAUGUUGAAAGUCACUCUCAAAUCCACGUCAGAUGGCGUAAUGCUGGACCGACAUCUGUUCAAAAAGUGUGUCCAAAGCAACAUUGUUCUCCUAACCCAGGCCUUCCGGAAGAAGUUUGUCAUCCCUGAUUUCCAGACUUUCGCCUCCCACAUCGACACACUUUAUGAGAAAGGCCGUAAACUUUCCGGGGGUCUGGUUGCUGACUACAUUCCCCAACUUGCCAAAUUCAGCCCAGAUCUGUGGGCCGUUUCCCUUUGCACAGUAGAUGGUCAAAGACACACAGUGGGUGACACUAAAGUGCCAUUUUGCCUGCAGUCGUGCGUGAAGCCGCUCAAGUACGCUAUUGCAGUGCACGACCACGGCACUGAAUAUGUGCACCAGUUCAUUGGGAAAGAGCCAAGUGGAUUACGCUUCAACAAGCUCUUCCUGGAUGAGGACGAUAAACCCCAUAACCCAAUGGUGAAUGCUGGUGCAAUCGUGUGUACCUCUCUUAUUAAGCAUGGAGCAGGCAAUGCUGAGAAGUUUGAUUAUGUAAUGAACUUCUUGAAGAAGAUGGCAGGAAAUGAAUAUGUUGGUUUCAGCAACGCCACAUUCCAGUCGGAGCGUGAGUCAGGAGACAGGAAUUUCGCUAUUGGCUACUACCUGAAAGAAAAGAAGUGCUUUCCAGAUGGUACAGACAUGACUGCUGUUCUGGACUUGUACUUUCAGCUGUGCUCCAUCGAGGUAACAUGUGAGAGUGCUAGCGUCAUGGCUGCCACGCUAGCCAACGGCGGCUUCUGUCCAAUCACAGGCGAGCGUGUGCUGAGCCCUGAGUCCGUGCGAAACACCCUCAGCCUCAUGCACUCCUGCGGCAUGUAUGACUUCUCUGGACAGUUCGCCUUCCAUGUGGGUCUGCCGGCCAAGUCUGGUGUGGCUGGAGGUAUUUUGCUGGUUGUGCCCAAUGUGAUGGGCAUUAUGUGCUGGUCUCCGCCGUUGGACAAACUUGGCAACAGUGUCCGGGGCAUCCAGUUCUGCACGGAUCUGGUGUCCUUGUUCAACUUUCACAACUAUGACAACCUGAGGCACUUCGCCAAGAAGCUCGAUCCUCGCCGAGAGGGAGGGGACCAGCGGGUGAAAUCUGUCAUCAACCUCCUCUUUGCUGCCUAUACAGGAGAUGUGUCUGCUCUGAGAAGGUUUGCACUGUCCUCCAUGGACAUGGAGCAGCGGGACUAUGACUCCAGGACGGCGCUGCACGUUGCAGCCGCUGAGGGACAUGUUGAAGUUGUGCGUUUUCUGCUAGAGGCCUGCAAGGUGAAUCCUGGUCCCAAGGACAGGUGGGGCAACACACCAAUUGAUGAGGCGACACAUUUUGGUCAUCAUGAGGUGCUCGAGCUUCUACAGGAGUACAGCAGUAAGUACAACCCAGCGGUGAAUCCUGUCGCAGAUAAAGAGACCACCGAAAAAAACCUGGAUGGGAUGCUGGAGACGUAAUCAUUUCGACCACUAGAGGACAAUCUUCUGGAGCAGCCCAAUGAAGGACUGGUUCUUUACAAUACCAUUGUGCUGUUUUGGUCAAAACUUGUGUACAUUUUUUUUUUUCUUUUAACGUUGUCUCCUGUAGUUUUUGUAUGCUUUUGUGAGAUAUUUUGGCUCGUUCUCAACUUCCUUCUCGCAAGAAAGGGUGUGAGUAAUGAUAAUGUCCAUAAUCAGUGUUGUGAAACGACUCUCAAUAGGCACUAUAAUUGUAUCUCUUAAAUUCUUUAGUUCAAGUGAAAAGGUGACUGAAUUGUGGGUGUGAAUGAAUAAAUAUAUGCCAUUGUUUUCCUGAGGGCAAACGGCUAAACUUACUUACAGUAGACUGAUACCAAACAAUCCUGUUUAGUAGAGCCGUUCAGACAGGACACAGUCUGGCAUUAAGUGAGAUCUGACACAAUUCCACAAACGCUCACGACAUAUAAAAUCUUUUAUACGACAUAUAGUCUAUUCCUUCUUCAUACUGUCUUAAAAAUAGACAAAAAAGUAGCUCGGCAGAACGAUGUGAAAACUCGUUAUGAAACGGUAGUUGCCAUAGUCUUUUCUUCCCUAUUGUCACGCAUACUGCGAUCUCAUGUGAGACCAAAUAAGUGAAAUAUUCCAUGUCCACUUAUUUUAGUUUAAAUACAAUUUUACUUCUUGUAUCAUCUUGAAUCUUUUGCUAAAAAAAAACCCCAGUCCAUUACAUUUCCAUUACCAAUCAGUCAAAUGUUGCCAUAAAUGAUGGUUAGUAUGCAAGCAAUAAGGUACAAGAGGCUGUGCUGUAUUGUGAAUAAGUCACGGCUCGCGUCGUGCCUAACAAGGCCCUUCAGCUGUGACUUAUUCACGAUACAGCACUAGCCUCAAGUACCUUAUUGCUUUUAUAAAAUGGUUACCACAAAAUACAAAUAUUAAAGCCAAAAAUAUGUAUCAAUGCAACUUUCAUGAAGUAAACUUUAACUAAAAGCCUUCCUUCCGCCGGAAAAAAUAGUCCCUGACCAUGAACAGCAACAGAGGUUCAUUAUUACGCCAUUAGAUGGCAGCAAAGAUUGUCUUUAUGAGUGUGUCAGUCAAUAACGAAGACUUUUACAUUGAAAAGACUGAAUUGUUGUGAACAAGGAACAAGAUGCAACUGACAAAUGCUUUGACUAGCGCUGUCAGUCACGGGAAAACCCCUUAACUGUUAAAAGGACAGGAUAAUACAUCGGACAUUUAAACAGAUUUUUUUAUUAUGAACAUAGGACUGACCUGAAGGAAAAUGCUAAAUCUGAAUAAUAAUCAGGUAAUAAACUCGCUCACUCGAUCUCUUUCUCACAACACUCUUCUACAUAAUACAGUAAGCUUCAAUGAACAAUAUCAGCUGAGAACAAACAGUUUACGUUGCUAAGAGUGGUUGCUAAGGGUGUUAUGUAGUGAUACACAGAAGCAUUGGGUGAAGCGGUCGUAGCCGUGUUUUAUCGUGAAUAACACACAGCUAUUGACCAAUCAGAAUCAAGGACAGGAACUAACCGUUUUUAUAAGAAAAAAAAUAGCAGACAACAUAAUGGCGUGAUUGACCAAUCAGAAUUAAGUAUCUGUAAUAAUAAAAAAAAUAUUGCAGAUGGAAUGCAAGAAUGUGUCCCGAGUAAAAAAAAAAAAAAAAAAAGGAUUUAUUUUAAUAAUAUAAACUUGCAUGCACUCCUGGUAGAGAAUAAAACUGUAGAUUUUUUUUUAAUGAAUAUCACUUUUAUUUCAUUAUAAAACAUUAUUUAAACAUUUUAACCACUGCCAAAGACAUGUUAUUUCUGUUAGUCUAUAGACCUUAUGCGCCAGAGAAACGAGCGCGCCGCCAUCUUUAUAAUAUUGUCUUUGAACUUCCGUUUUUGCGGUAGCUCUGUACAUUUCUGUGGCAUCGCUGUCAAAGAAUAACUAGCUGGUGAAGUGGAUUUACUUGUUGUAGAGUUAAUGAAAGUUAUCAUGAGCAUUGUAAUGUUUAAAGCAGAUGUCUUAACAAAUGUCAGUAGAACGGGGAGAUUUUAAAACGAGCGGUUCAUUCAUAAAUACAUAAGAUCACUGUGGAAGUCUGUCUGAAGACAGAAGACGAGCGCGGUGCUGAAAAGGGGCGGGGCUACAUAAGGUCUAUAUCAGACAGGUAACCUAUCAGAUCUAUUCAAUGUAUACACACUCAUAUUUUAAUAUUAACAUGCAGAUCCCCAAAAUGACUGCAUUUUGAAAAAGUGCACAAUGUUGCAAUCCGAGAAUAAGAGUGAUCAAAAAUAAAACAUAUUUUACUGAGAUGACAGGAAGCUGUAUGAAGUUAUAAAAAAUCACAUUAUAAACAAUAUUUACAUCAUUCACACCAUUUUAUUGGAUACAAUAUUCUAUAUUAUCACCAUGUAUUUGAAUUGAUGAAGUGUUAAAUUACUGUAAAUGUAGUUUCUAAAGACAUUUGUGUUAGCAGUGGAAAGAUGUCAAACCUGUUCACUCGGACCAAACACUUGAAGAUAGUUGGACAAAAAUGAAAAAGUUCAUGUCAAAGUAAUGAAUGUAAACUAUUUUAAAGACACUUUAACACUUUUCAGUAUUCACCUAGAUACAAUCAGAUUGAAGCAGAUAUUUUUUCUGAUUUAUAUUACACUGUAUCUGGCUGACUAAAGUUGGUGUGUGUACAUGUACAAUUAAAGCAAUGGUAGAUAAAGAUUUAGCUUUUAUGUGCAAUAAUAAUAAUAAUAAAAAAAAAGUGUUGAUAAUUAAAA